AACAGGUAUGAGAGAGUUAAAUGCAUGUUUUACAAAACGAAAAGUGUGAUUAACCUGUUUUACGCUGCUGUUUCUCCUAAGUCAGUAAUCCUUUGUGCCUCUGACUAAUAUGUCUCUCUCAUCCAUACAUUUUUUUUUCUCCUAAAUGAAUAGCUGUACCUUUUUAUUGGUAUUUAUUCUUAUGCUAGAUACACGUCCUUUAGUGUCACUGGGCAAGGAUGAUGGACUUGCUUUUUGUCAUGUUCUACUCUUUACCUGUAGUGUACUCCAAUGUCUAACCCAUUUUGAAUGCUUUUCCAUGACACUGUCACUCUUUUUUAUGAACUUUUACAAGGUCAAGACUCUCAAGAACUCUGUGUCCUGUUUGUUCUGUGCUGCUCAUUUUUCCAACUGUGAUAAUGUACAAUAUAACAAAAAAAUGAAAUAGUAGCUCAGCUAGAUUAUUGCUGUAAAGAUAUCUAGCAGGCUUUGUUACAUAGCUAUCAGGCAGUGUGUGACAGUGCCUUAAGCAAGGGAAGAUGGAUGCUCAGUGAAUACUGCAGGUCAUUUUAAGUUAGAUCUUUGCGGCACAACCAAGCAGAGAGUAACCCUGCAGCUAACUCAUCAGCAUAAUUCCUUCCCUCUAUGUCAGCAGGUUCCCAAGACCCUGAACAAAGGGGCUUUUCAUUAUGGUCUAUUCUGUGCCUGUGUGUGUGUGUGUGACAACUUUCCAAACUUUGUUCAUGUUUUGCAUUGUUAUUUUGCAGCGGCAAAUGCUGAUCAUUGCUCGUUGUAGUGGGCAGUAUAGCAAACUUGUGUGUGCAGGUUAAAUUAUUGCUUCCUUAAACAUAAAUAAGGCCCAUUUUGGAAUCCCUGCACUAAAAUGCACAUAUAUUGAGAUUGAGCAGGUGCCAAAGACUCAUGCUGUUGUGCUGAGCAGGCCUUCCUGGCUUUGGGGAGCAGAAAUGGGAGCCAAUGAGCAUGGAGUCUGUAUAGCUAAUGAAGCUGUUGUGACCAGAGAACCAGCUUCUGAAUCUGAAGCCUUGCUUGGAAUGGAUCUUGUCAGACUUGGCCUAGAAAGAGGUUCAACAGCCAAGGAAGCAUUGGAUGUAAUAGUUGCUUUGUUGGAAGAGCAUGGGCAAGGAGGAAAUUACUAUGAAGACGCAAGUUCAUGCCAUGCUUUCCAAAGUGCAUUUUUGAUUGUGGACAGAAACGAAGCCUGGGUACUGGAGACAUCUGGAAAGUACUGGGCAGCUGAAAAAAUCACAGAGGGGGUGAAAUGCAUUUGCAAUCAGCUUUCACUAACUACAAAAAUUGAUGCUGAGCAUCCUGAACUAAGGGAUUAUGUGAGAAGUCAAGGCUGGUGGAACGGAGACACAGACUUCAAUUUUUCUGAAGUGUUUUCUCUUGGUGAUGGCCAUUUAGCCAGUUGUUCUGGCAGGGAGAGCUUGGAAAAGCAAAGUGGUGGUGUUUCUGCACAAACUAUGAUUGAUGUCCUGCGUGACAAGGAUAGCGGUGUCUGUGUGGACUCUGAAUCUUUCCUUACUACAGCUAGCAUAGUGUCUGUUCUGCCUCAGGACCCUAGUUUUCCCUGUAUUCAUUACUUCACUGGCACGCCAGACCCUUCAAGGUCCGUGUUUAAGCCUUUUAUUUUUGUUGAUGAUGUAAAAUUAGUACCAAAAGUGCAGUCCCCUUCUUUUGGAGAUGAUGAUCCUGCUAAAAAGAUACCUCGAUUCCAGGAGAAACCCGAUCGCAGGCAUGAAUUGUACAAGGCACAUGAAUGGGCCCGGUCUCUCCUUGAGAGUGAUCAGGAGAAGGGCCAGAAACUGAUGAGCAUUAUGUUAGACCUCGAAAAGCAAGGCUUAGAAGCAAUGGAAGAUAUCCUUACUCGUACAGAGAUUCUGGAUCCUGCUGAAGUAGUAGAUCUUUUCUAUGACUGUGUUGACACAGAACUAAAGUUCUUCAAAUGAACUACAGUGGCUACUGUUAGCCUUUUCACAGGAAGACUGCAAAGUUCUUCAAGCCUUGAAAGAAAGUCUUCACACUUAUGAAUUUGCAGGAAAGACAUUUCUAGAGGGAAAAAAAAUGUUACUUGCUAGCUAUAUCUGGUUAACAAAUUGCUUUCCUUUGUCCAAUCUUGUGGUGUUCCUGUUUGUGUAUGUAUAUAGUGAAAGGAGAAAAUCACUGACUGGUCCGAUUACUGUGUGCAUGCUGGCUAAUUUAGUACAGAAUGUUUAAAAAUGUAUGCUGGGCAACAAAUUAAAGCAAAGAUUAACUUCAUCAGGAUAACUACCAUAUUGUCAUUGAAAGCAAUCUGUUUUUUGUUUUUUUUUUCCUCUGCUGCUCAGGUCUAGGCUUGCAGCAAAGCUGUCUUGCAUUUUUGUCUUUUUGCUAAUUCAUGCAAAGAAUAAUAGAGUUGAAAUCCCAGUUUUGAGGGGGCAGGAAGGUAAGUCCCGUUUCUUGACCUUGUUGUACCAGUCUCAUUUUGGCAGAUCUGGUAACAGUGACUCAGCAUCUCGCAUUAUGCCUGCGCAAAUGGCCAGAAUUAGGUCCCCCAGGAUAAGUUUUGUCUUCAUCUGCCACCUUGUUGUUUGUAAAGCACUGGGUAAUGCCCUAGUACUAAGUACUGCAGUGCAGCCAGGCUGAAUGCCGAAGACAUCUGAACACACCUUGUUGACUCUUAAGACAGUUAAUAAAACGAUGUACUUAUAUACAAGCUAUAAAUUUGGAAUAUUUUGAGGAAAUAGAUGCUGGACAUUCAUCAUAACUAUUUUUCCUCCAGGCCUUUGUAAUGCUGAACAGUUACUGCUGAUGUCAGUGAUGAGCAUACGUGGCAUGAAUUUGUUAAGUACCAGUGAGUUACUGGUGGGUCUGAUUAAGCUUAGAAAUGGUUGUGUUACGCUUCUUUAUAUGACAGAUCUGAUUUUGUGUAUUUUCUUUUGGAAGUCAGAUGAGGGGAAUACUUUUAAGAAUUAAACCAGUAAACACUGCUUCCUGUGUCAUAUCAAGAUAGCUAUUUUAACAGGAGGGAUAGACAAGAAGACAUUUUUAAUAAAUGGACAUCAGCAUUUGGAGAUAUAAUCCUUCACUGUUCAGGGAAGGGAUAGUGAUGAAUCGCAGACUUUUGUAUUGAGGAAAUGAAAGCUACUUAGAAGGCAGCAGCACCUGAAAUUCAAACUAAAAUUAGGGAAAUUGCAAUAUUGGCUUGUCAGAUUUUUAAUUUUUUUUAAUGAAUUUGUUCCAUCAGCCUUGUUACCUUGAUAUUGCCUUAUACAACAAAUGAGAAUUGGAAAAGAAAACAUUGGGUUCCAUAUAUAGAACAUAAACAUGAAAAUGUUUUCUCUUAGGGCUACCUAAUCACCUUCCUAUUCACACUGUAUUCCUCUGAGAGGCUCUGCCAUAGGAACAGCUCUACCCAGAUAGGUCUUUCUCCUUUAUUUCAGCUCCUGUGCCUUGGUAUCAUAAAAAUGGAUAAAGGGAAAUGAAAAAAUAGCCAAGUAAGCCUAAAAUUUAACUUCUCUCUUCCUGGCCAGAAUAGUGACAGCAAGAAGCACACUUCAUUCCAGAGACUAUUGCACUCGAUGAACGGUGUGCUUUCCCUAACUGCUGACAACUCAGGUAAAUGGAUUUCCCAUGAAAUCCACAUGUGGAAUGAAAGAGUGCUUUGAAUGAAAAUACCCCUAUCAAAAUAGACUUCACACUCACCAACUGAACUCCAAAGCUGCUUCUGCAGCUGUUGCUUGCAGAGCACUGUGUCCCGAAAGGAAAGGUUGGAUAUUAGUGAAGAAGGGGAGACCAGCGAUAAAAUGCUUGUCCCAGUUAGAGGACAGAGAGGCAAGAUAGUGUUCCUGCUAAAAAAAAGUGAUACAUAUUUGCCAUUUUGAAGGAUCGCACAUCUGCAAUUCUUUUGUGGGAAACUAUGUACUCAUUGCAAAUUGUUUUUUAUGACAGAAAUCAUCAUUUUGAGCACAGUGAUCUAGGCAGUGUUUAUAAUAGCAAAAGGAAGAUAAACAAGUGUCUGCAGUAACGUGCUUGGUUACAGUCACUUAGAGAAAACCAGAGCAGCUCCAUGGCUUGGACCUUCCAGUGGUCCUGAGCACAGCUGUGGCCUAGAACAGUGCAAGGGCAUAGUGGUGCUGGCCUGAGUCAUUCUUUGUAUCCAAGUGCUAGGAAUUACUGAAGCUUUAAUAGAUCUUAGACAACAAGGACUUAAUAUGUAUUAAAUAACACUGCACCACCGCUUAAAAAUAUGUGCAGGCUUUUUAGUUUAAUUUCUAUAAGAUGUUUCUUUUUAGAAUGCUCUUAAUCAUAAUAAAAACGGAAAUAAAAUUGGUCUUCCAUUAGAUAUUUUCUGGCAUGUGGUCUGAGCUAUAUAUAGCUUUCAAAUAUUUAUGAAGAUACUUAUUGUAGAGUUGUACACAAGUUCCAAAACAUGAAAAUCAGCAGUACAUCAACUUUUAAUAAUAAUAGAGCAAAAUAUUCUUUAAUACAGUAUUGAACUUCUUUUCCAGUUGUUCGAAAAGCAGUGCUGACCCCUGCUUAUUACUAUAUCCAUGCACAUUUAUUAGUAACUAUAAUACUGGUAACAGAAAGCAUUGGUCAAAGCAUUGCUACUUUUUUCUUCUUUUGACAUAAGAACAAGGUAUCGUAAAAGACUAAUGAUGCUUCUCUGGAGCCCUGCAGGCAAGGUGUUUAAAUGUUUCUUACCCUUACAGCACCUGCACAUGGUAAG